ACACAGAUAGAGUGGUAGUUGUUGUAGCUGUCACCGUCGCUUCAUCAGGAGCUCAGGAGCACUUCCUUAUCCCAUUCUUGAUACCUUUUCGUUUGGCCACCAUUCGAAUUCGACGGAAACAUCUUCACCUUACCUGAACCAUCACCCUCACCUGCUCACAUUCCACACACCUGAAAACCCUCUAUACAACCAAGUCAAUCUCGCCAUGAACCUCUUUGGCAAGAAGGCAUCCGUGCCCCAGAAAGAAGAUUCCAACAUCAGGCGAUCCUAUCUCUCCAAGGAGUUGGUGACCAGUCCUGCUGAUGGAGUCGAUACCGUCGCUGAUGUCUUGCCAUGGAUGGUCAAGAAGUACGGCAACAAGGUCGCCUGUUAUAACCGACGUAUCCUCAAGAUCGUCGAGGAGAAGAAGACUGUUCCCAAGAAGGGAGGAGCUGAAGGCGAGACCGAGGAGAAGCUAUGGAAGUUCUUCACAAUGUCCGAACCUCAACCGCACACCUAUAACGAGCUGAACGAGAGCGUCCGUCGAACCGCCUCGGGUAUGCGUCAUCUAGGCCUCGGGCGGGACGGCUGGAGGGACGAAGACGGGAAAGAACGAGUCGGAGUGUAUGCGGAGACGAGCAUGAACUGGCAGAUCAUGAGCCACAGUCUGGCUCGGAUGGGUCAUCCUCUUACCACAGCGUAUACGACGCUCGGACCGGAGGGUCUGCAACAUUCGCUCCACGAGCCAUCGGUCAGGCUCGUUUUCACCAACGCUAGCCUGUUGGGAACCCUCUUGAAGGUGAUUGAUGAGUGUCCUACGUUGAUCUGGGUGGUCUACGAUCGGGAAGAAGACGCCGACCAGAGCAUCGUCGACAAGAUCUCGGAGAAGCUUUCUCAACGACGAGCUGGGGAAGGCGAGAACGCUAUUACCGGAAGAAUUCUGGGUAUGCAAGAAUUGCAGGACCUUGGCAAGGAGAACAUGGUCGGAGAUUCGAUCUGGAAGCAAGAGAGACCCAAGAGGGAUGACUUGUUCUGUAUCAUGUACACAUCGGGGUCGACUGGAGCACCCAAGGGAGUAUUGUUGACCCAUCACAACAUCAUCUGUUCACUUGCCGGGACCAAGAAGCUCUUGCAGCCCGAGUUCAGGCCAGAUGACGUCUUCCUCGCCUUUCUUCCCCUUGCCCACAUCCUCGAGCUCCUGGUCGAGAUGACCUUCUACUUUACCGGAGUCCCCGUCGCUUACGGAACUGUCAAGACGCUCACGCAAGAAUCGGUUAGGAAUUGUGACGGUGACAUGGUCGCGUACAAGCCUUCUAUCAUCGUCGGAGUUCCUGCCGUUUACGAGUUGAUCAGAAAGGGGAUUGUCAAGAAGAUCCACGAGAGCCCGGCGGUCGUCCAAAGCGUUUUCAACUUGGCUUACCAUCUGAAGAAGACGGUGCCCAUGACCGGUGCCGUCCUGGACAAGGUCGUUUUCGCCAAGGCGAAAGCCGCUACUGGUGGAAGGGUUAGGUUGAUGAUGAACGGAGGAGCCGCUUUGAGUAGGACCACCCAAGAGUUCUUGAACACUACGUUGGCCACGGCUUUGCAGGGAUACGGUGCUACCGAGACUUGUGGAAUGUGUUGCGUUUUGACUCCUGGGUUCUUCCAGUACUCUACCGUCGGCUGCAUCGUUCCCUCGCUCGAGGUCAAGCUGCACGACUACCCUGAGGCGGGUUACCUGUCUAGCAACAACCCUCCUCAGGGAGAAAUCUGGCUGCGAGGGGGCUCGGUCACCAGGGGUUACUACAAAAGGCCUGAUGUCACGAAGGAGAGCUUUACCGACGAUGGGUGGUUCAGGACCGGUGACAUUGGACAGUGGGAAGCAAACGGUACCCUCGCCAUUGUCGACCGAAUCAAGAACCUUGUCAAGCUGCGAUCGGGUGAAUACCUAGCGCUCGAAAAGCUCGAGAGCUCGUACGGCAGUUGCGACGUCGCUCAGAACACGAUGGUCUACGCCGACUCGGAUGCGGAUCGUCCUAUCGCCAUUGUUGUUCCUCAUGAGGGCAACUUGCGUAACCAUCUGAAGGCGGCAGGAAUCAACGUCGAGGGUGACCUCGAGCAGUUGGCCAAGAACAAACAAGUCAAGGAGUACCUUCUGAAGGAGCUCCGCUCAACCGGACAGAAGGCGGGUCUCAAGGGUCCCGAGAUCUUGCAGGACAUUAUCGUCAGCGGCGAGCUCUGGACCCCUGAAGGUGGUCAGCUCACUGCGGCCAACAAGAUCCAGCGCAAGGUUAUUGUCAAGCAGUUUGAGAAGGAGAUCAAGGAGACCUACGGGAAAUCCUAAACGCUCGCUCCUGCUCGAUCCUUGUAUUUGUAGUGAUUACAGUCUUAUCCAAAGAGUCGAGCACGAUGUCAUCCCAUACCGUAGAAACGCACAAGCACACAUAUGGAAACUGGCGCAGAGACGUCUCCAGGGCGGGAAGGUGCAGUCGGACGUUGUUGAUGGUUACUUAUGGUAGGGUAUGAUGAACGAUAGCUACAAGGCGAGAGCUUGUCAGAUGGUGAUUUUGAACGAAAAGAUGUCAAAAGGCGAGGCAAGACUCACGUUCCAAUCUGGACCGACAAGGUUGCAAGACAGGCUGGAUCAAUUACGUUACACAAUCUUGUGUGAUGAUGAGUUGAUUGGAUUGAUGGG